GCCUGCUAGCUUCUUGUCAACGGAGCAGACGCUGAAGUAGCAGCAGGCAGCGGAAACGUUCCAGAGGACAGGAGGUUAGUGGGGGAAGAGUGAAAGGGCAGACGGAAGGGAUACGGAACAUUAUUUCCUCACAUCCGAACCGAGUCAAUAUCCGUAUCGGUUUGCUUUUUCCCAAUUUGAGAGACCUCGAAUAAAAACACCAGCUGGAAAGGUUAGCUAGCCGCCGCCAUCUCCUCUCAGUCGGAGCGACCGCCGUGUCUUCCACACCAUGGGGAACGCUGCCACCGCCAAGAAGGGCAACGAGCUGGAGAGCGUGAAAGAGUUUCUAGCCAAAGCCAAAGAAGAUUUCUUACGGAAAUGGGAAUGCCCCCCACAGUGCACAACGUGCCUAGAUGACUUCGACAGGAUAAAGACCCUGGGUACUGGCUCAUUUGGAAGAGUCAUGCUGGUGAAACACAAAGGAACAGAGCACUACUUUGCCAUGAAGAUACUGGACAAGCAGAAGGUGGUGAAACUCAAGCAAAUAGAACACACGUUAAAUGAGAAGAGAAUAUUACAAGCAGUGAGCUUUCCGUUUCUCGUCAAACUUGAGUACGCAUUUAAGGACAACACCAAUUUGUACAUGGUAAUGGAGUAUGUUCCAGGGGGAGAGAUGUUCUCUCAUUUAAGACGAAUUGGACGGUUCAGUGAACCGCACGCACGAUUUUAUGCCGCCCAGAUAGUGCUGACCUUUGAAUACCUGCAUUCGCUAGACCUCAUUUACAGAGAUCUGAAACCCGAGAACCUUCUCAUCGACCACCACGGCUACAUUCAGGUGACAGACUUUGGAUUUGCCAAACGGGUAAAAGGCAGGACCUGGACGUUGUGUGGAACACCGGAGUACCUGGCUCCUGAAAUCAUUCUCAGCAAAGGUUAUAACAAAGCUGUAGACUGGUGGGCUCUUGGCGUUCUCAUUUAUGAAAUGGCAGCUGGUUACCCUCCGUUCUUUGCAGAUCAGCCAAUUCAAAUCUAUGAAAAGAUUGUGUCUGGAAAGGUACGAUUCGCUUCCCACUUCAGCUCUGAUUUGAAGGACCUGUUGAGAAACCUGCUGCAGGUAGAUUUGACCAAACGUUACGGCAACCUGAAGAACGGAGUCAACGACAUCAAGGGUCACAAAUGGUUUGCCACAACGGACUGGAUUGCAAUCUAUGAAAGAAAGGUUGAGGCUCCAUUCAUACCAAAGUGCAGAGGUCCCGGGGACACCAGCAACUUCGAUGACUAUGAAGAGGAGGAAAUCCGUGUUUCUUUAACGGAAAAAUGUGCAAAGGAGUUUGCAGAGUUUUGAGACACAAGAACGUGGAUGUAUCGGGGAAAUUUAAGGGGAUCUUUGCACUCUUCUAAAAGACUUGGGAUGGAGCAGAGACCAUCUUUUUUGUUUUUCUUCUUUCAGAUCUACAAAGUCCCUUCAUUCCACAGGGCUGAAUGAAGUUGUCAUGACCCUUGAGUGUCUAACCCCUCACUGACACCAACACCUACAUAUCAAAGCAGACACAUCACUUUUCUUUUCUUCUUUUUUAAUUUAAAGGGAGUUAGUCUUGGAUAUUUUUUAUCCCAACUAAAAUGUGUUUAGUGUUUUUGUUGUUUAUGUUAAAAAAUUUAUAAAAAAAUACUGACCGUGGCCAAUAAGUCUACACAUUAAAACUGACUUCUUCUUGGCAAUUUGACACCCAGUUGAGCAGGUUGUGGGUUUUUGCCAUCAGCUGUGAGUAUUUAAAGUCCACAUCCAGUUUAGUUGAAGCCAGCAUAC